UUAAGCAGAUUUGCCCAAUCCCUUCCCUAUUCCCAACCUCAAUGCCUUGGAUGUUCGUGUGUUGUUUUCUUACAACAAACUGUUGGUGUGUUAUAUACCGUUGAGACAUUAUACUUCAACUUACGUUCAUCAUUAUUUACUUUGUGGUGUACAAACGUGAACUGUGUUAUAAUAUUUAUAGGGCUUUAUAAAUAACACUCUUGAAUAGUUAACAAUGGCUGAUAUUCAUAAUACUAAUGGAGGUUCAGAUGAACUGGAAUCUAACCUAACUGACGAAGAUUUAGCACAGAAGAAAGCGGCCCGUUUUGAUUCUGCUACAGCGGGAGAUUUGGAAAAAAUAACAGACUACGCCGAAGAAAAGGAAAUUUUAUCCACAGAUGAAUUUAAAGGUGCAAUGACUAUAAUUGGAGACCGUAGGAAUAAGGAAGCUGCAGAAAAAAUUGCCAAAGAAAAGGAUUUGCUCAAAGUAAACAUUAAAAAGGAAGACGUUGAUUUAAUUGUAGAAGAAAUGGGAAUUUCUCAGAACCUGGCUGAACGCACACUUCGAGAACAUUGUGGGAACGUAGUUCAAGCCUUAAUAGCCUUAACAGAAUGACAAUAAAGUUACAUACUAUUUCUUUGUACAAUUUUCACUCUCAUUAAAUUAUUUGUAAGUAAA